CCAAGAGCAACACAGAGUUCAAGAGAUCAGUGAGUAAUUGUUUUAAGGUUUAGUUACAAGUUUUGGAGAGAUGGGUUUGGUCAAAACCUUUGAUGUUUACUUGAUGAUUGUGAUGUUAGCUGGUUUAGUGUUUGCAUUAGGAUUAUCAAAUGGUUACAAGUUCUAUGUAGGUGGGAAAGAUGGUUGGGUUCUUACUCCUUCCGAGGAUUAUUCUCAUUGGUCUCACCGAAACCGGUUUCAAGUCAACGACACUCUUUAUUUUAAGUACCCCAAGGGAAAAGAUUCAGUGUUGGAGGUGAGUGAAGAAGAGUACAACACAUGCAACACGACGCACCCCAUAACUUCCGUCUCAGACGGAGGCUCUCUCUUUGUGCUUAGCCGCUCAGGUCCGUUCUUUUUCGUCAGCGGUAACUCGGAAAACUGUCUCAAAGGCCAGAAGCUAGCCGUCAACGUCAUGUCGACCGCUCAUCACAGCCGCAGUCCUCGUCAGCCAUCUCCCUCACCAUCACCAUCACCAUCACCGACACUGUCUCCCAUCGCUUGGUCAUCUCCAGCGCCUUCUCCGGGAGUGGUUCUUUCUGACUCAGAAGCUCUUGCUCCAGCUCCAGAACCCGCCAAAGCUCGCAAUUCGGCCUGUUUGGUUGGUCCUGGGAUGGUUUCUUUGGGAUUAGUUCUCUUUGUUUUCAUAAGGUCCAUGGUCUAGAGUUUAUAGUGGUGAUUCAUGAAUGUAUUAAUUAAGUACUCUAUAGUUUGCGUUGAAUUCAAUAUUUAAUGUGCCAUUAUAUGUUUAAACU